AUGUCGAACACCAACACCAACAAGGACCAAACCUCCACCCUCCAGUCGUACGUCGACCAAGCGACCGGCGCAGUCCAGAGCGCCAUCGGCUCGUUGACUGGCAGCACUGCCGAUAAGGCACAAGGCGAGAACCGCAAAGUCGUCGCAGACGCCGAACACGACAUCUCCCACUCGGCCGCAAAGGCUGGCCCCUUCACCGUCUCAGGAUCAGGAGGCGUUGCCAAAGACGACAGCGACCGCACCGCUGGAUCAUGGAACCAGAAUGUGGGAGCAGCCAAGGAAGCGGUUGGCGGCUUCGUGGGCGCAGAGGGACUGAAGCAGGAGGGUAUCCGGCAGAACAAGGAGGGCAAGGGUCAAGAAGCUCAGGGCCAGCUCAACGAUUUGGGCAAGGGCAUCCACGACCGCGUUGGAGGCACAAUUGGCGGUGCGGUUGCAGGUCUGGCUGGCAACGAUGCGCAGCGGGCCGAGGCACAGGCGCAGCAUGAUGAGGGCAAGGCGCGCCAGCGCGGUGUCGAGGUCGAUUUGCAGAAGCAGAAUCCUCAGUAG